CCCGACAGCGCCCGAGCACCCCGCCCCGCUGCGGCCCGAGCCGGGCGCCGCCAUGUGUCCCCGCAGGUGCGCGCGCUGCGCCGGCCACUCGCUGCUGUGGCUGGCCGUCCUCUGCCUCGUGGCGAACGUCCUGCUCUACUUCCCCAACGGGGAGACCCGAUACGCCGCCGAGGGCCACCUCAGCCGCUUCGUGUGGUUCUUCUCCGGCCUCGCGGGAGGGGGCGCGCUGAUGUUCCUGCCAGCAUUUGUGUUCAUCGGCCUGGAAGAGGACGACUGCUGUGGCUGCUGUGGCCAUGAAAACUGUGGCAAGAGAUGUGCGAUGCUUUCUUCUGUACUGGCUGCUCUGAUUGGAAUCGCAGGAUCUGGCUACUGCGUCAUCGUGGCAGCCCUGGGCUUGGCGGAAGGACCACUAUGUCUUAAUUCUCUUGGCCAGUGGAACUACACCUUCGCCAACACUGAUGGACAGUACCUUCUGGAUACCUCCACAUGGUCCCAGUGCGUUGAACCCAAACAUGUUGUAGAAUGGAAUGUCUCUCUGUUUUCUAUCCUCUUGGCCCUCGGUGGAAUUGAAUUCAUCUUGUGUCUCAUUCAAAUAAUAAAUGGAAUGAUAGGAGGAAUAUGUGGCUAUUGCUGUUCUCGCCGACAGCGAUAUGACUGCUAAAAGAACCACCCCAAGACAGCACCGCAACCUUCCUCUAUUUCAUUUUUAAUUUAUAUAUUUGACUUGUAUUAAUUUGUAAAACUUUGUACCAGUGUAUCAUACUCCACAUAGUCUACUUUUAUAAAUGUGUAUAAAGACUGGCAUCUUCAUGUGAUGUCAGUGUUUGAGCGUAGCAAACAGACCUUUUUCUUAGGAUAGAGAAAAUAAAUUAAGCAAAUUAAUAGACUGAAUGACGGUCGGUCCUCAGGGUAGCUGAGGUAAAUGCUGGCCUGAGUAAUGUUUUUGAGAAGCGUUGUAGGGAUAAAUAUCGCGUUCCUGAUUACUACUAUAUGUGCAAGGGUUUAUUAAAUGAAAGAUUUCUAAGUGGCCUUUUUUAAAACCAUGAAGGAGAAAAUCCAACAACUUGAAAAGAUGUGUUCUUUUCACUGUUUAUAUGGUAUUUCCCACUCAUGUGCCUGCAAAUCUCUAACAAGAGGCCUUUUUGAACUGUUCCGUGUUUUGUGAGAGAGACACUUGCCCAGAGCUGGAGGGCCGGUUGAGAGUGCCCUGAGCUAAAUGAAGGAGUCAACACAAGCAAGGUUGCCAAGAGUAUUGCCAGAUCCUAACUCUCUCUGACAGGUGGAAAACUUUUUGUCCUUUGAAGAUAAGCACUAAGGAUCACGUAGUUAAAAAGAAGAAGGCCUGGAUGAUUGGAGAAAAAAAAAAAAGAUGGGAAAUGGAAUAAA